AUGCAAAAUGAUUCCGAGAACACGAGCGAGACUCGUGCUCUGCUCCAAUGCGACCAGACGGCCGUAUACAGGAUCCGCUGGAUGUUGAUCUGCUCUUUUAUGGUGAUGCUGUCCACAGUGGUCAUAUGUAUAUCCAUGGAGUCCGUGUACAUGAGAUGGUUGGCGAACCUGGGUGCCUGGAGUGUAGGUGUUGGUGAGACAGUUCCCCUAGCCGGGCCUCCCAAGGUCUCCUCAACCUGGUUUCCCCCAGACCAGCGCACCUCCGCCACCUCCCUCAUCGCCUUCUGCGACUACAUGGGGGUCGCCGUCUCGUUCAUUCUCGAUGGUGGACUGGGCGUGUUGUUGUUUGUCAUGUUGCUGAUGUAUUUCCCGGCUCAACCGCCCCGCCCUCCGAGCCCCUCAGCCGCCACCGAGAGAACGCAAUGGAUAUCAGGACUUAGGGCCCUCGUCAGAAACCGCGCAUACUGGUUGGUGGUGGUGGCGUGUUCUACCCCGGCCGGGAUACUUGGAGUCUGGCAGUCCGUGCUGAACAUCAACCUCAGUUCGCGGGGUAUCUCACAGAAAACGGCGGGCUAUCUUGGGUUUUACCAGACGGUCGCCGGAUGUAUAGCUGGAUUGCUCGUAGGGUGGUUUUCGGACAUGUUCAUGAAGAGGAUGAGGAUCACGCUGAUAGUCCUCUUUACAGGAGCCUCGAUGGCGACCGCCUGGUUCACACUCAUCUGUGAAAAGAUCAUACCCCUUAAUUAUCCUUCCCUUUACAUCUCGUGUAUUUUAAUCGGGGUGUUUAUUAAUGGCGGUAUUCCGCUGUUUUACGAGGUGGCGUGCGAGGCCAGCUUCCCUGUGGGGGAGGGCGUGGCGGGCGGGGUUCUCACCCUCGUCAACAUCCUCGUUGGGGUCCUGUUCCUGGCCGUCCUCUUCGCCAAGAACAUAAGUUAUGACUGGAUGAACUGGGUGCUACUUGGGUCUAGCAUGCUCGCCCUUCCACUAUUGUUGUGUUUCCCAGAGCGAUACAACCGAACAGACCUGGACAUAGCACCACCACAUACUACCUAAAUGUAGGUGACAGAGACCCCAGAGCGCUACCACAGAACAUACCUGGACAUAGCACCGCACACUAGAGAAAUGUAGGUGACAAUGACCCCAGAGCGCUACCACCGAACAGACCUGGACAUAGCACCGCACACUAGAGAAAUGUAGGUAACAAUGACCCCGGAGUGCUACCACUGAACAGAACUGGACAAAGCACCACACACUAGAGAAAUGUAGGUGACCAUGACCCCGGAGUGCUACCACUGAACAGACCUGGACAUAGCACCGCACACUAGAGAAAUGUAGGUGACAAUGACCCCAGAGUGCUACCACCGAACAUACCUGGACAUAGCACCACACACUUGAGAAAUGUAGGUGACAAUGACCGAUCUUCCUCAACACACAUUAAGAUGAAAUGGAUCAUAGCAUCUUAACACAAUAAUAGAAAAAAUAUAAACUACUUUUUAACUCUUUUUUUAAAAAACCGGUUUCACCGACUUCUUAUAAAAUCAUAUAUCUGAACCAUAAAAGCCAUGUUGUUGUUUUUAAACCUUUCUAAGUAUUCUUAGUCUUUUCAGCAAUUAGGUAGU